CCACAUAUCUGAACGUCAUGGUCCAUGGAGCAUCCAGCCUGGACUGCUGCUCUCCUACUGAGGAGGGAGUCUGUUUCCAGCUGGAGUAAAGCAAUUACGAAAAUCUUUAAAAAAAGAAAGCAGAGAGAUGCGGGUAGUGCGCCAGGAGGGGCACAAACUAGUGGGUCACGAUUAACGACGCAAAAUAGUUCGUCAUGACCUGAAUCACGCCGGAAUCUCUCUAGUGACGUGAAACGGAUUAUCUUUACGCCAAAGACGCUUUUAUUACAAUGAAUGCUGUAAUUUUACAUUUUGGAGAAGCCUGCGCAACGGAUUGCUAAAUGUGACUGCUUAGCAAUGUAUUACGCACUCUCAACUUGCAUGUGCGGCAGAGGUAUGUGACAGAGAACCAUUGGAUGCCCGUGUCUCCAUCAGUGCCAGUGUUUCUCCAUGAGGUCAGUGACAGACUCCGGCUGCACCAAAUCAUUGCGCACACGGCGAACAAACUGCAUAUAGACUCUCUGUGUCUGCUGUUGUCUAUCUUUGAUGAACAUCUUAUUGGUUAAGGCGUUUGGAGCGGUGUGAUUGUUAAAACAUCCUUUGCGCAGCUGGAUUUUCAGCGCAGGGUGCCGAAUUCAGCACCACGGCUGCGGACAGCUACCGUUCCCCCGUGACGCGCGUCUGGAUGGCUGCUGCUCGCGUCGCUCUGUCGCUCCUCUGAUCCGCUCUCUUCGCGAUGGCAUCACACGGGUUUUGGUUUGGUGCUGAAAAUGCGGGUGGAAGCCCCAGCCAAAGCCCCAACACCCCCAGAGCAUGGUGUCAGGCUGCGGCUCAGAAAUUCUCCGGAGGCAUCGGCUCCAAAUUAUGUGCUUUGUUAAAUGUCGGCGAGGCUGAAAAGGCAGCUCAAGCAACAGUGAAAUCAGAAGAUGGGUCUACAGUCGAGAGCUGUGGAUGUAAUAAACCAUGUAACUGCCCAAAAACCACAGCAUGUUUCUCUGAUCUCUAUUCAACAGAUCUUUUACCUGCAUUGGACGGAGACGCGAAGACUAUGAAUUUUCUGCAGGAGGUUGUGGAUAUUUUGCUGGCUUAUGUAGUGGAAUCUUUUGACAGGUCAACGAAAGUGAUUGAUUUUCACUAUCCAAAUGAAUUGCUUCAAAGGAAUAAUUGGGAGCUUUCGGACGAACCCGAGACUUUAGAUGAUAUUCUCAUCAGCUGUCGAGCUACAUUAAAAUACGCCAUUAAAACCGCGCACCCCAGGUAUUUCAAUCAGCUUUCCACCGGAUUAGACAUGGUUGGUCUGGCUGCAGAUUGGCUAACGUCCACUGCCAACACCAAUAUGUUCACCUAUGAGGUGGCUCCAGUCUUCGUGCUGUUGGAAUAUGUUACAUUGAAGAAGAUGAGAGAGAUCAUUGGCUGGCAGGAUGGCCGUGGUGAUGGAAUAUUCUCACCAGGUGGUGCCAUUUCCAACAUGUAUGCUAUGUUACUGGCUCGCUACAAGAUGUUUCCUGAGGUGAAGGAGAAAGGAAUGUCAUCUGUUCCCAGACUGGUGGCCUUCACAUCUGAACAUAGUCAUUUCUCAAUCAAGAAAGGAGCAGCCGCUCUUGGAAUCGGUACAGAAAGUGUCAUCUGUAUUAAAGUUGAUGAGAGGGGUAAAAUGAUCCCGUCUGACCUUGAAAGGAGGAUAGUUGAAGCCAAGCAGAAGGGAGAUGUGCCGUUCUUUGUCAGCGCCACAGCCGGCACCACGGUUUAUGGUGCCUUUGAUCCUCUCAUCGCCAUAGUGGACAUCUGUAAGAAGUAUGAUAUCUGGAUGCAUGUGGAUGGAGCGUGGGGUGGAAGUUUGCUGAUGUCCCGUAAACACAGAUGGAAGCUCAAUGGAGUUGAGAGAGCUAAUUCCAUGACUUGGAACCCUCAUAAAAUGAUGGCUGUGCCCUUGCAAUGCUCUGCUCUGCUGGUUCGAGAAGAGGGUCUGAUGCAGAGCUGUAACCAGAUGCAGGCCUGUUAUCUCUUCCAGCAGGACAAGCAUUAUGAUCUCUCCUAUGACACAGGAGACAAGGCCCUGCAGUGUGGACGUCAUGUGGACAUCUUUAAACUCUGGCUGAUGUGGAGAGCCAAGGGCACUAUUGGUUUUGAAGCUCAGAUUGACAAAUGCCUGGAGCUGUCAGAAUAUCUCUACAACAAGAUUAAGGACAGAGAAGGAUAUCAGAUGAUCUUCGAUGGAAAGCCUCAGCAUACCAACGUGUGUUUCUGGUACCUUCCACCGGGCGUACGUUACCUGGAGGAUAAAGUGGAGAAAAUGAAACGUCUGCACAAUGUGGCCCCUGUCAUCAAAGCCAGAAUGAUGGAGUACGGAACGACCAUGGUGAGCUAUCAGCCGCAAGGAGACAAGGUCAACUUCUUCCGCAUGGUCAUCUCCAACCCAGCUGCUACAUUUGCAGAUAUUGACUUCCUCAUCGAAGAGAUUGAGCGACUGGGCCAGGACCUUUAAAAACUCACGGAACCAAAACCCCUUAUUCUCAUGUCCCUGGAUGGAUCUUGAUUUGUUGUGAAUGUAACGGUACCUAUUUGAUUCCUCUCCUCCAAAGUCACGCAAAGAUAAAAAAAUGACACGUUGAAAAGAUUCGUAAUGUAGCGUUGUUGUGGGCUUCACGGUCCAAAGCCCUGUUCAAGUGUUAUGUCAGCUUUUAGUGUAUAUUUUAGUGUCUCUUAAAUGACUUUGUUUAUAUGUGUUUAAUGAGUAUAUGAAGAGUAUUUGCUUCUAUUCAGUGCAGGUCGUAAGAUUCUAGUUAUUCAAGUGCCAGAUGACAUUGAUAUAUAUGAUGAUAUUGUAUUUAAGAAAAAAAAUCAUCUUACCGUGAGCACUUUUACUUUUGAAGUCGCAGACAAUGCAUGCAAUUAUUUUUAUGAUGUGGACAAAAUUCAAAAUCAUGAAAAUAGGUUUCUAUGAAACUCAUAUUGUUUAAAAAUAAAUUUAAUUAAUUAUUUAAAAAUAAAAUCAAAAAGUAUCCACAAGAAUAGACACAAAAUUCAGAAAUAAAGUACUGCCAACACUUUUAGUGAUGACUAAUGUUAUAUAAACAUGUCAAUAGCACAAAGCCAACUGAAGAAUAUAUUUAACCCUAUGUGAAAAAAAUUAAAAUUAUCAAAUGUAGAGAAGAUAUUAAAGACCCCAUAGAAAAUUGGUAUUCUGUGGCUCUUACACUGCAAUCACACGGUGUGUCUGAAGCAUGGCAGACGUGAUCGUCAUAGUGACAACAGCCAAUCACAUUGUUCUCCGAUCUCGCAUGAACGCAAUUGGCUAGCGCCUGCACUAGGUUAUGUGCAUAAGGCCCGUGUGAAUGUACCAUUUUUAGUCUCUACAAUAGGAACAGCGGCUAUUGGCUAUUACAGUCCAAGCCUUCAAAUAUGUACUUCCCGUUUCAACAGGAAAUAGGUCAACAUAUGCCAUUUUAUGGGGUCUUUAAUUGUCCAGAUGGUUUUUAUAUCCAUAUUGGUGCUUACAGCUUUCUGAUAAUCACAUCAAAUGCCAAAAAUAAAUCAACCUUCAAACUUUACCCUUGAAGCAACAGCAAAUUUACAAUAUAUAUACACCAAAAUUUGCCAUAGGACUGUAGUAAAAAGCUUUCCUACAUAAAUAGUUGUGUUGACUAUAUUCAUUCAUCUAUUUAUCAAUGUAUUUAUUUAGCUUUGUUAUACAGAUCAUAGAGUAUUCAGGGUAUUACCAGAGCUAAUAUCUGAAUAAAACGCCAUGUACAAAUUCAAAGAAGAAAUACACAUAUUUAGCAUAGUUAGGGUUCUGCCCUGUGAUCGUGUGUAAAUAGACUUUUGAUGUUCUUGACCAAGUACAUAUCUAUGUGAAUACAUUUAUGUACUGUAUAUAAGGCAGAGUCUAUUUGUGCAGUAAAUAAUAUUAUUUUCUCUAUUCAAAAAAACUUAUAUUUAACCCUAAAAGCUAGAUACAUUUAGCUUGUGUGUGCGUGUGUCAGAUACAUGAUGUAAGUGUUGAAUAUGAUGACUAUGUAACUGCAAUGAUACACGUAUGAAGGAUCUGGCUUUAAAUGCAUUUUAAUAUAGAAAUUAUUAUUAUUAUCACAGUUUCAGUGGUUACAAAGCCAUUACUGAACCAAUGCUGGUGGUAUUUGUGCCCAAGUGACAAACUUGACAUCCUGUGCCAGUUUGUAUUUUUGUGUGUUUGUAACUGUAUUGCCUUAGUAGUAAUUGCCAGUAUUGUCUAGUUCUCCAAAAGAGGAGUUUGUGCACUUUAGCUUCUAUGUAUGAUAAUCUGUCCAAUGGAUGUUCUUAGUAUGACGUUUUAUGAAACUGAGCGUUGUCCGAAUGUGUCCCAGCUUUGACAUCCGUUCAGGAUGAGAGUCGAAAUGUAAUUUCUUUGUAGACGUGCUGACGUUACGUUACGUUACGUUACGUUACUACCUGUAUCCGUACAUAACGGGAAAGCAAUGCCGAUUUGGUCACUUUGAGAUUUAUUUCUGUCACACUUCAGGAUCGGCAAGCUCCGUCACAAAAUGUUUGUAUUUUAAGCUGUUAUAUUCCUGCCAAACGCAUUUGCAUCCACCUGGUAGUCUUGAAACGCCCAUCGUGUCGUCUUUUUCGCCUCUGCUACCAAUCCGCUCUCUUUGCACGUGCAUGCACGCCUUGCCUUUAAAGCUUGUGAAAUACAAUCCCAUAUAUAUUUAGGGUAACCUGAUGUUUGUCUAGUGGCGAUAUGGAUAUCUUAGCUUCAAAUAUAGUACUCUGUUGCUAGCUUGCUCUCUCUGUAUUAGCAUAACCCGACGUAUUUAUCCGCCAAGCAUGUUCUGUGUGGCUAAAGUUGUAUGCUUUCGCGACUUUAUCUCUCUAUCUUUCUCUCUGUCUUUCGCUUUUGUUGUUAUCCGCAGCUUUCUAAUAUUAGCGUGUGUAUAACUCUGGCAUGCCCGUGUAUCCGCAUAUAUUUAAAGUCUUGACGUCUCUCUAUCGCGCUGUUUUCUCUCUGUGUCUCUCUGAAGCUUCGGCCUGUAGCAGCUCUCAGACGUUUAAAGGCAGUGUGCUCCCGCUGUUUCACGACUACCGACCACAUCCAUCAGUCUGUCAUAUGAGCACCUCACGUGUUUUCAUGAACCCAACUUAACAGGGUAACACCACGACUGGGUGGAUUUAUUUUUGUUGUUUUUAUCGCCCAACUUUGCUUGUAAGAAACGUGAUUCUCAGAGAAACUGACGUUCAGAUGAAAUAUUUAAACUAGUGUGUUAAAGUUAUACAUAUAUAUAGAGAGAGAGUGGCAGAUAACAGACCCUCUUUAAAAAUCAUGUUCUCUUGAAAUGUGUUUUACUUUCAUGGGAAAAUAACAAUAAAUGUUACUGCCAAA